GUGGCCUCCCCUCCUCUCGAGCUCGCUCCGUGUGGAAAAGACGGUUUCGGGUGCAAAAGUCGCUCUUAUGUUGUUGCUCCGGCCGUUAGACAUGCCCAGUGAGGUAACAGCCGCCUGCCGUGCCGCGACCGUCACCGAGCUCCGGGACUCUCCGUCACUCCCGGGCGCUGUGAGGAGCGGUCUCCAGCCGCCGGCCCUCUUGCCCGCCUCAGCCUGUCCGUUGGUCCCGCGCGCUGUGUCCGGACGGCGGCCGAGGAGCCCCCAGUGAAGGCCGCAGCGAUGUGGGAGUCCAAGCGGGUGCGGCUGCUGUGCAUGCUGGGCCUGACCUUCGUGUUCUUCGUGGUGGAGGUGGUGGUGAGCCGGAUCACGGGCUCGCUGGCCAUGCUCUCCGACUCCUUCCACAUGCUGUCCGAUGUCAUCGCGCUGCUGGUCGGCCUGAUCGCCGUGCGCUUCGCCCAGAAGACCCGCUCCACCGACAAGAACACGUUCGGCUGGAUCCGGGCCGGGGUGAUGGGGGCCCUGGUCAACGCCAUCUUCCUCACCGCCCUGUGCUUCACCAUCGUGCUGGAGGCCGUCGAGCGCUUCACCGAGCCGCAGGCCCUCGAGCAGCCCAUGGUGGUGAUCGGAGUGGGUGCCGGCGGGCUGCUCAUUAACCUGAUCGGGCUCUGCAUGUUCCGGGACGGGGCCGCACACGGACACGGACACUCUCACGGCGGGGGGAGCGGAGGAGAGGCGGCGGGGGGGCACGGUCACUCGCACGGCCCCCGGAAAGCUCACAGGAACCGGGACCGCUCGGCCGGGGAUGGAGCCGCCAUAGACCGGGAGGAGACCAACAUCUUGGUGGAGAACUGCGGGAAUUCGCACGGCCUGACUGGGGACGGUGUGAUCAGCAAGCACGCAGAUUCAUUGGCUGAGAUCACAAUAGAUCACCGCUCGAAUGGCAAUGUGGAAAAUAACUCUGCUGAAAUCAGCGAAGAUGGUACGCAGCUGAACAUGCGUGGCGUAUUUCUGCAUGUUCUUGGUGAUGCAUUGGGUUCUGUUAUUGUGGUGGUGAAUGCCUUUGUUUUUUACAUGGUUUUUAACCCUUGCCCAGAAGAUGGAAACUGCAUAAACCCAUGUGUUAAUAACCAUUGCUUAGAUCACAAAGAAGUAAAUCAUAGUCUUCCAAGUGUGCUGAAUAACACCUUUGAAGAACCACUUCUCCUUGCUGGACCUUGUUGGGUCAUGUACCUAGAUCCCUCGUUGUGUGUCAUCAUGGUGUGCAUACUUUUGUACACAACCUACCCACUUUUGAAGGAGUCUGCCCUUAUUCUUCUGCAAACUGUUCCUAAACAGAUUGAUAUUUCUUCCUUGAAACAAAAGCUUAAGAAAAUAGAAGGGGUUGAAGCUGUGCAUGAGCUUCAUGUAUGGCAGUUGGCAGAAAGUCGUAUCAUAGCCACAGCACACAUAAAGUGUAAGGACCCUACUGCUUACAUGGAUGUGGCCAAGCGCAUCAAAGACUUUUUUCACGAUGAAGGAAUCCAUGCUACUACCAUUCAGCCUGAAUUCUCAAGUGUAGAGUCUGGAUCUAGAAUAUCCUUAUGUGAGUUAUCGUGCAGGACUCAGUGUGCGCCAAAGCAGUGUUGUGGUAGCACGGAAAAAGGGGUGUCUGGGAAGAAAUCCAGCGGGGGGACAUCAGCCCUUCCCAGCUUGGGAAUGAUUAGUGAAUCUCCUGAGCACAAAACAAAGCGAACUAAUACUUCUGAGAAGUCAACUAAUGAAUUGAAAAUAGAUGUGGACUCCACCGUUUGAUCACUUAUCAAAUGCAUAAACUUGUGGCUCUUGCUGGAGAAAAACAAGGGAAACCCUUUCCCUAAAAUUUGUCACAAAGUUGCUGGUUGAAAAUAUUGACUUUAUUAGUUUUGUCUUGAAAACAAACAUAGUCUAUCUAGUUCUGGGAUGCAACCAUAAUGUUUAAAACCUGGUUCUUGUUGUUCUAAUUGUUGCAUUGUUUUUGAUUUGAACAUUGUGUCAAUGUUACAUUUUCUGAAUUUAGAUUUGCCUGGGAUCUUUCCAUUGCUGCUGCAGUUUGCAUAGCAUUGACAGUGUUUGUUUCCAAUAUGAUUUACAUUUAUUUUAAUUGUGUUUUGUUUUUCUAAAUUGUGGCUGCUGGGAUGUAGCCAAAUACAUUCUUACUAACUGACAAUCUUGCUACUCAAAUAUGUGCACGAGAAGCAUUGUUUAAAAUCCCAGUUUGUACCCUUGCACUCCUGGCUACAGGAUCGGUCUAGAGAAAGCACUUUUUCUGUUUUGAUAAAAUUUUAGGGGUUAGAAUGUCCACCAUACAAUUAUUUUAUAUAUACUUUUUUUGUGUGUGUGCGCGCAUGUUAAAGGGCAGUCUGUCCUUCCCAUUUCUUCCUUUUGAAUCCAUUCCUCAGUCUCGGUUAAAGACUUGGGUUGCCUUUGCUCGAUUUCAUCUCUGCUGACAGGUCAAAAUGCAUAUAGUUUAUUUGCAGUGCUGAAUGACUGGAAUAUUGACUAUAAUUAAAUUACCAGCUCUGCCAUUUUGCAAAAACGUGUUUUGUAUAAUGAUAUGCAAAUUGUCACUUUCUGGCCAGAAUUACAUGAGAUUGUAUUUUA